CCCGAUUAUUCCUUACUCCGUGCCGUCGGAGAGGGCUCUCUCUCCACCCACUCGUCCAUCCGAGUGUAGCCAUUCACAGACGGUGUGAUUCGAACUCCAGCCAUUCAUUGGCGCCAUGGCUUCUUCUGCUGCUCGGUCUCAGCCGCAGAUGCCGGUCAGUCAAGGCACAGCGCACUCUGUCAUUGUGUGUUGUGGGUACGUGAUUCACCCGAAUGCUUGCUCGUUUCAUCAGCUGGUGUCCCGCCGUGGCCCUCAGAGUUACGAGGAGGGCACUCGGCUGUGGAUGGUGUCGGCCGUUGAGACGAGGGGCAUGGCGCUGGCCGAGGUGGUUGACAGAAGGCCGACAGAGGGAGGGACGGUGGUGAACUUGAGAGAAGUGGGCGGCAGGGAGCCGUUCCAGAAGGUCGUGCCGCACAAUCAGACCCACACACCACCGUAUCAGCAACAGGUACAAAUGCACAGCGGCAACGUGUCGAGAGGGGAGAGCUUGGUGUGUGUGUGGUCAGGCGUCUGAUGGCGACGGGAGGUUGUUUCGGUGCAUCCAUCGCGCAGGCGGCGCUGUGAGUUCGGGCGAGACCAACACAGAAGCGCAGCCCUCCAAAAGCGUAAGCACACAUACACACACACACACACACACACACACAUACAUGGACCAGCUCGUGCCUGUGUCUGUCUGUCUGACCAGGUGUGUGUUGGUGAUGGCCACAAGCGAGCACGUGUGGCUGCCAGCCCGGCUGCUGCUGCUGCUGGUGCUGUGGAGGACGGCGAUGCAGAGCAGCAACAGCGCAUAGAAACGGUGAGACCGGCCAGAGGGAAUACGCUGAGAAUGGCUGACAGACUCACCCAUCCCUGCCUGCCUCCCUACCUCUCUGUGUGUGUGUGUUGUGCAGAUUUGUUCGUUGGUGAUGGAGUUCCUUCCCCUUCAUGUGCUCAUCCCCCUCUCCCAGCGGCUGGCCAGGAGCACCAAGCAGAUGUGGGCAAAGGCGGCCCCCAGCCACACACGACUCUUCAUCGACUGUGCCACCAAGGGCGACGAGCACUGCUGGCGAUCGCCGACCGAGGGCCGCACCUUUUGGCAGAAGAUCCCUCUCGACCUCGUCAAGCAGAUGGCGGCACGGCUCACCGGCCUCACCCAUAUCACCCUCUGCCACCCUGAGCAUCACCCCAUGUGGUGUGCUGAUGUCUUGGUGACCAUCAUCGAGACCACAGCCACGCCACCCGCCCCCACUCAGCCGCUCCCCAACACCGGCCAGCCCGCCACCCAGAGGCCCUCCGAGGUGCGACAGUCGGCCAGCCGCCUGGAGAUCAUCGCCUUCGAAACGAUGCAGCUGGGUGCGGCGGUGGAGCUGCAGCUGGAGCGGCAGCGUCCCCCUCUCCCUCCUCGCCUCACCGAGUCCCCCAGCCUCUCGUCGCUCACUACCAUCACUGGCCUCCUCGACAACCAUCGUUGCCUGGCCAACAGAGGCUGGCGGAUGCCGACACUUGAGCGCGUGGAGCUUCAGGUGAGGUGGCAUAAUGUGGGCGAGUUGCGCCGCCUCAUCAGCUCGUCACGGUCGCUGCAGCACGUCGGCGGUGAUCUGGUGGACGAGGAGUGGGUCCGUGUGUUUGAGCGCAUGCCUGAGGCAGCUGCUGGGCAGAGAGGGCCACUUGCACGCCUGCAAAGUAUCGGCACCAUCGAGCUGGCCGGCAAUUUCUACCACGGCAACCACAACGUUUUCGAAUAUGCCCGUGCAAAGGUCGACAGACUGCAGGUAAUUCAUCAGUAAUGGUUGACAAGCAAGACAGACCAAGUUUGGAUGUGAUCUCUCACCAAACGUCUAUGCUGUUCGUGUGUGCUAUAGGCUGUGCUCGAAUCGCGUGGCUGCCUUGAAUCGCUGACUCAGCUGGUGGUGUUGAUGAGCCCUCGUCAAUCGGCCACCUCUAUCAGAGUGGACAGUCGUGCCCUUCCCCUCUUGCAUUCCCUUGAGUCGCUGCACAGCUCGUGCUGCCGACCCGGCGCUGAAGUCGUCUUCGAGGCCAUAUAUGUCGACAAUUUCGAUCUCUCGUUGUUCUACAGCGACGACCUUCCCUCCAGCCCCUCCCCCCUCUUCAAGAUGGCCAUCCAGACACUGGUCCGGCAGGCGGCACAGAUCAGCUACAUCAUCAGCCAGCAUGCCCUCACCCACCCCGUCGACGACCCCAGCCAGGCGGCCAUCGACGUCGCCAAGAUACUCACAUUCGGCAGGGCGCGGUACGUGGCGAUCCUCAACGCCGAUGGCUUCGUUCCCCCUCCUGACACCCUUUCACCCCGCCCCACCCCGCCAUCAUCGAACACCUGCAACAGUUCCCAAGGGCCCGAGAGCUGUAUGUCGCCAGUGCUGUGGGCGGCGUUAUGGCCCGGCUGCUGGCAGAGAAGAUGCCGAGCAAGGUGGGGCUCGUGAGGUUUGGGCGAGAUGUGAGCUCGGAGGGCAUGAUCGGCGUGCUGGAGGGGCUGGAACCAGAGAGGGAGGUGCAGACUGUCUUUGUCGGCCGUGGGGAUGAUGCGGUCAGUCUCACUAGGGGCCCAUUUGACGGCUGGCGAUCGGACGGCUUGCCGUCAAUCCACACCAUAGCAAUGUGGUUGUCAGGUAAGCAUGGAGGAAUCUGGCUGGUUCAUCUUUUGUGUGCAUCGUUGCCGUGUGUGUCUGUCUUAUUCCUCAGUCCCCAACAACUUGGAGGCCUCUGGUGCUGCCGAGCGCAUCCGCGACGGCAUCUCAUCCAUUGUGGAUAGCGUGCGAGUGCGAGGCCUGGAGCGUUUAGAGGUGGACGUGCGUGGCAGCGAGCCCGUUUGCGCUGCCAUCCGGCAGCUGCGCAGGGACGUCGGCAUUAGCUUCACCAUCAACACACACAAUAAUUGGGGUUUAUCAGCGGUCGACACUGCUCAGAGUAUUCAUCUGACCGCUGUUCGUCGCUCUUAGAUGGUGAGCAGGGGCAGGCAGAGCAGUGCACCCGUCGGCCUCACGCCAUGUGUGUGCGUGUGUCUUCCAGGCUGUCUGUCGAGUGCACAUCAAGACACCACCGUACGUAGCGUUGGCCCCGACAAUUGUUGGCUGAAUGAAUGGAUGGAUGUUGGCUGGACGGGCGGGGCGGCUGAUGCGGCUCGUCCCACGUACGCCAAGGCACAGUACAGCAACACUCGCGUCGUGGGCUGACUGACACGUAUAUGGAUGGCGUCAAUGUGUGUUCAUGUGGGCUGUGUGGGGAGUGGCCGCCAUGGUGCACAAAGCACAACACAUUGAUGAAUGGAUUAAUGGCGCUAAGGCUGGGGGAGGGAGAUCAGGUGUGGGUGUUGGGGAGAGACGGACUUUUAACGGCCAUCUCAGUGGGUACCAGCUCAGAGACGCAAUGCUGGCCG